AUGCCGUCCGAAAACUAUUUCGCAACGUGGUACUUUCUCAACCUGGCAGCACUAGCGACAAUCGGCAGCCUCUCCGUGAGGCCAUCACCGUCCGGCGACGAAGACGCCAAGCUCCUCCUCGCCAUCCCCACCACGAUCUUCUUCUUCAUCACAGGGGCUGGCGUGUUCGUCAUGACGUACGGUGUCUGGCCCCGUACGGGCCAUCAGCGAAUCCUGAGCAGUAUUUUGGGCUUUACUGCCACGCUCAUUUACGGGAUCACGGUCCCGAGCUGGACUGUUGGCGUGGGGCAGACUCUGGGGCGAGAGUUCUGUCUGCUGAGUGGGUUUCACGUCGGGUUCUGGAUUGAGGGGGUGACGGGGCUCAUGGGGCUGGUUCUCAAGGGCCUCAAGAACUCGAAGGAGGAGCCUCUGCCGAGGAAGAUUCGUGCUGGUGGCGGCGAGAAUGCGGCCAAGGCUGAGCCUUCCUCUUCGUCCAGCGCGGCUCAGAACCUUUGA